ACAACUCGAAGACAACAACAAACCUAAUAGAUCCAUGCAACAAACAUGGAUUGUGAAAGUAGCGAAGAGCCAACUUCUUCUGAUAAUGAUACUCUUCUUGAAACGGCCAGUUUCUGUCAUGUCACGGCCGUUGCAACAGGAUGGAUGAUGGACUUUAUGUUUGUGAGUUUGUGUCGGAGUUUCCAAGAAGGCAAACUUGAAGAGUUCAAUGAGACGUUAUCGGCGUUUCAGGCCAUUUCUCAAACUUCAUCUCUUAAAGGAAACGUCCAUAAUGACAAAAUGUUGAUAUGUGCUCUGCUGGCAAGAGUCAUGCAUGGAAAGGAGUUGGAUGUCCUGUUUGAAGAAGACGAUAGUGUGAUGCCGCUGAUGUCUGCUCUCAAAAUCUGGUCAGACCUGGAGCACAUUGUGACGGAUGAAAGUUUAUUCAAAAACAUCAUUGUUCUUUUGUCUGUCCAGUCUGUCGCUGUCUGUUUGGAAAAAGGCCAAAGGUCUUCUGCCUCCUCUGCCCUCAAGUGGCUUGAGAAACAACCUGAAUUCCCAAGGAACGUGAGAGUCAAGCUGUCAACUAUAGUGACACAGAGGGAAACCUAUCACCCCUUACUCAUGAGCUUCAGCUUCAACCGCCUGCUGGAGACGAUCCAAUCCUUCCUGGAUGCCUACUUGGAGAAGAAUCCAUCUGAUUACCUUUUGAAGGCAGCUACAAAGAUGGUGCAGUCAUUGAAAAACUUUGAGGGGUCGGAGGAGGCAGUGUCAGUGGCGACGUCGGUCUCGGAAACGCCAAAUGAAUCAAAACAGGAGAAUAAAAAAACAAAACGGAAGCUACUAUCUACUAAAAUCACAGAUGUAUGGAAACCUGAAACUGCAGACGAAUCCUGUGUAACUGCCAACGAGUCCCGUGUAACCUCCGUCAAACCUCAUGUAACUCUCAGACGACUUUCCAAAACUGAGUUAUCUCAGAUGAUCUCCAGAAAGCCGUUGGAAACUGCUGAGGUACAAAACGCAAGAAGACCACAUAGGAAAUGGACGUACCAGCAUGACAUGUUUCUCAAGGAGGGUGUUAGGCGCCACGGCCUGGGAAAGUGGUCGCAAAUAUUACUGGAUUAUGACUUUGACGGACGCACUAACACCAUGCUGAAGGACCGCUGGAGAGUUUUAGUGAGGUCAGAUAAAGUGUGCUGAGGCGUGAGUGCGGCCUCACCCCCCCGUCCAGUUCAGCUGUAGCAGUUCACCAGUGAAGAGCAUCACACUUAUUUAUUGAUCUCUCAUCCUGCUUGAUAUUCCUUAUUUUAUUUUUCCCUCUUUCAUUUUUAUUGCCCCAUCCUUAAAAAUAAUGCUGAAUCUUGUCAUCUGGUACAAAAUAUUAGGUCUAACCACCAGAUGGUGUUCUACACACGAUUUCAGUAUUUAGGUGGCUGUUAUGGGAAAUAUUUAAAAUGUGUAUAUAUAAAUACAUGUUAUUUGAUGUAAAAAUACCUUUGCAAGGAAAAUUAAGCGUUCAUUAAGUAGUUUUGUUUCUACAAUAAAAUUGCAUGAAAUCAACUGUAUAAGUGCUUCA